UCUCCAAUCCAGGAUCCUCCGCUGAUAUCUUCUAUAUAAGAGAAUUCUCCUGGAUGACCCAUCAACCAUGGAGAGAGACAGGAACAAGAUGGCCGACAGGAUCAUAAACCUCACCCUACAGAUACUCUUCCGGCUUACUGGAGAGGAUUACACAGUAGUGAAGAAGUCCUCUAGUGGGCGCUGUCGGGCCCCUGUGUGUGAAGGAUGGGGAAGAACCCUGAGCCCAAUCCCGGGGCCCCCACCUCACUCCCUGAUACAUGAGGAAAUGGAUGAACAGAAGAUCCUAGAACUCAUCAACAAGAUGAUGGAGCUGCUGACUGGAGAGGUUCCUAUAAGGUGUCAGGACGUGGCGGUCUAUUUCUUCAUGGAGGAGUGGGAGUAUGUAGAAGGACACAAGGAUCAGUACAAGGAUCAGGUGAUGAUGGAGGAUCAGCAGCCCCUCACAUCACCAGUCAGAUCCAGUAAGAGAACAGCACCAGAGAGGUGUCCCCGUCCUCUUCUUCCACAGGAUGAUCAGGGUGAAGAUCUGAACAAUAUUAAUGCUCCAGAGACAGAUGUGAGCGGGGAUGAGCAGUAUAGGGAGGACAUUCCAACAGGGAAAGAUCUGAACAAUAUUAAGGCUACAGAUAUGAAGGAAGAAGAGACAGAUGUGAGCUGUGAUGAGCAGUAUAAGGAGGACAUUCUGACAGGAAAAGAUCUGAACAAUAUUAAUGCUACAGAUAUGAAGGAAGAAGAAGAGACAGAUGUGAGCGGUAAUGAGCAGUAUAAGGAGGACAUUUCAACAGGAAAAGAUUUGAACAAUAUUAAGGCUACAGAUAUGAAGGAAGAAGAGACAGAUGUGAGCUGUGAUGAGCAGUAUAAGGAGGACAUUCUGACAGGAAAAGAUCUGAACAAUAUUAAUGCUACAGAUAUGAAGGAAGAAGAGACAGAUGUGAGCGGUGAUGAGCAGUAUAAGGAGGACAUUCCUACAGGGAAAGAUCUGAACAAGAUUAAUGCUACAGAUAGGGAGGAAGAAGAAGAGACAGAUGUGAGUGGUGAUGAGCAGUAUAAGGAGGACGUUCCUACAGGUAACCGCCCAGAUUCUUGUAGCAGGAGAUCAGAGGAGAAUCUUCUAUCUUCAGAUUAUAAAGCAGAUGAUGAUAUCACACAAGAUACAUAUGAAGAACAUUCCAUUAUCCCAGAUACACCCUCAGCCCUUCACAGCCAAGAUCUGUCAUCUCAUCCUUAUAUACAGGUCCUGUCUUCUCAGUCAUCACAGGAUGUUCAGCAAAAUAAAGGUCACAGAAAGAAUGAUGGACAUCAACGAGCUCAUACAGGAAAGAAACCAUAUUCAUGCUCAGAAUGUGGGAAAUGUUUUACUCAGAAAUCAGGUAUUGUUACACAUCAGAGAUAUCACACAGAAGAGAAGCCAUUUUCAUGUUCAGAAUGUGGAAAAUGUUUUACUAAGAAAUCAGAUCUUGUAGUACAUCACAGAACUCACACAGGGGAGAAGCCAUUUUCAUGUCCAGAAUGUGGGAAAUGUUUUAUUACGAAAUCACAUCUUGUUAGGCAUCAAAGAACUCACAAAGGCAAGAAGCCAUUUUUAUGUACAGAAUGUGGAAAAGGUUUUACUAAGAAAUCAGAUCUUGUAAUACAUCACAGAACUCACACAAUAAAGAAGCCAUUUUCAUGUUCAGAAUGUGGAAAAUGUUUUAAUAAGAAAUCACAUCUUGUUGAACAUCACAGAACUCACACAGGAGAGAAGCCAUUUUUAUGUUCAGAAUGUGGGAAAUGUUUUACUCAGCAAUCACAUCUUUUUAGGCAUCAAAGAACUCACACAGGAUGGAAGCCAUUUUCAUGUACAGAAUGUGAAAAAUGUUUUACUAAGAAAUCACAUCUUAUAGUACAUCAAAGAACUCACACAAGGAAGAAGCCCUUUUCAUGUUCAGAAUGUGGAAAAUGUUUUAAUAAGAAAUCACAUCUUGUUGAACAUCACAGAACUCACACAGGGGAGAAGCCAUUUUCAUGUCCAGAAUGUGGGAAAUGUUUUGCUAAGAAAUCAGAUCUUGUUAGGCAUCAAAGAACUCACAAAGGCAAGAAGCCAUUUUCAUCACAGACUAUUAACCUCUUAAGGACUGAGUGCGUAUCCAUACACCCCCGUUUUAAAGUCCUUAAGGACUGAGGGCGUAUAGAUACGCUCGUGGGAAUUCCGGUCCCCGACGCUCGCCGGGCGGGGACCGGACUGGGAUGCCUGCUGAUAUCGUUCAGCAGGCAUCCCGGCAUAUUGCCCAGGGGGGUCCUGAGACCACCCCCCCAUGUCAGUGAUCAUGGCAAAUGGCAGAUCAAUUCAGAUUGUCCAUUUGCCGCUGAUCAGGUCUCUGAUGACCCGAUCGCCCGGAAAAUAGGGAUGAUCGGAGCUGUCAGUGACAGCCCCGAUCAUCCUAAGGGAUAGGAGCGCGGUUGCAGUGGUGCCACCCCCUCCUAUCUCCUGCCAUUAGUCAGCAAUGACUACUGACCAGUGGCAGUUGAAGACAGGGGGUUACCAUGGAAAUCCCCCGCUCUGCCCACCCCUGGAUGUCGGGCAGAGCGGGGGGAGAAGAUGGCGGCCGGUACCUGGGGACUUUCAUGCGGUGGGGACCGGCGAUCAUCGGUGGCAUCAUUGGAGAUCAGCGGUGGAGGUAGGGAGGCGACGGCGUGGAGC